AUGUUACGAUUCCUCGCCCCCCUUGCCACUGGCAUGGGCUUGCUCACUGACAAGUACAUGCUCGGUGCCACCAACUUCGUUGAACACUAUGCUCAAGAUUUUCACGCCACUCCCGCACAGAAGGAUUUCGUGAAAGCGGCGAUGUACGCUGGGGCUAUUCUGGGCAUGCUUGUCAUGGGUCCGGCGUCUGAUUACAUUGGCCGCCGAAUGGGGCUGCUUCUAUGCUCCCUCAUCACACUCAUUGGUGCUUUGCUUUCGGCUUUGGCCUGGAGUGAGAAUACCCUCAUCGCAGCCCGCAUCAUUACUGGAGUCGGCAUGGGUGGCGAAUACCCGCUGGCAUCUUCGCAUUCGGCCGAGACCUCGGAAAAAACCAGUGAUGGCGCUCGCAAUGUAGCUUUGCUCUACCUGUUCGGAAGUGGAUUUGGGCAGGCGCUAUGCCCAAUGGUGACCUACGCGAUGGACGUCGGCGGGGUCCCCCAUGAACAGCUGUGGCGAUGGAUCUUUGGAGUUGGCGUCAUCUUGUCAGCCCUUGGGCUGGUUUUACGAUACCUGACCACCCAGGACAGCCAGAAGUUUGUGGAGGGCAAAGAGGCAGAACAAAAGCAUCACGACACCACCUGGACUAUUCUGGCUCCGUACUGGAGGGCGCUCCUGGGUACUGCCGGAUGUUGGCUCUUGUUCGACAUCGUCGAGUACGGCUUGAAACAAAACGAUGCGGCGAUCUUCCACUCGGACGACGGUGGCCCUUACUCCGACAGCAUCCUCCAAGUGUUGUGGAGCCGCCUCCUUGUGAUCCCAUCGUUGAUCUUUGCGCCAUGGUUUCUGACAAAGACCUCCAGCAAGCGCGUUCAGUUCAUUGGCUUCUGUGGAUGCGCGGUUGCCAAUCUAGUUUUGGCAGUUGCCUUCAAGGAGCUGAGAGAAAUGGACUCACUGUUUUUUACGCUCUACAUCCUGCAGCUGUCCUUCCAGAGCUUGCCGGGGGUCACAACAAUGGCGAUCUCUGCAGAGAUCUACCCCAGCAUGGUCCGUGGCACCGGCGCCGGCAUCAGCGCAGCAGCUGGAAAGCUUGGCGCCACCAUCGGCUCCUACUUCUUCUCAGAGCUUAAGAACCAGGGCCACAUCAACGCCAUCUUCUGGACAGUGACCGCAACUUCCGCCGCUGCGAUGCUCCUCACGACCUUCA